CUGGAGCUACCUUGUCGCAUUACGUCAUGUCAGAUCCAAAUUUCGAUUGGUGGGGCGAUGACAGAUGUGAGGGUGUGGGACCCUUGUGAUAAUGGAAAGUCCGGCUCAUACGGGUGCGGCUUUGACGGGCAACGGGUUACAUCAUUGCCAUGUAUUUGAACGCGCGUGCAGGGUCCUGAGUUGGCAGGUUCUGGCCACUAACGUUGAACUUUAAUAGGUUAUCUGUUUAGGGUUCGUUUAUAUAUCCCGACCCUGUAAGCAAUUCUUUUUCAGCCUCUGCUGCUCUGCAUUCCAACGAAAGAAACAGUUCACCAAGUGCAGAGCAGCAGGCCACCAUUCCAACUUGACAUACAAAAAAAGACCCUCGACUAUUACAAGGAUUUCAACCUUUACUAUAUACUAUACUAGCAACCACCAACAUGUCUGAACGACCUUUAGAAGCUAUCAAGCGCGCAAACAAGACCGCUAACCGUGCCCCUCAUCUUCGAAAGAAGAACAUCGCUGGUGCUGACACGAUCGAUGUUCUUGAUAACACCGGCUUCGGCGGAGCUUAUCACCAUGAUGGACCAUAUGACGCCACAUUAGCUUCCCGAAAUCGCGACAAGCGAUAUGCUCCAGUCGAGGCCGUCAAGUACGGCAACGCAGAAGCUUUGAAGGCAACACCUCGAGAGAUGGUCAUGGACUCCCUCGAACGCCAUGUACCCCUGCAAGGUACUGCCGUCAUCCCUCCUGGGCACAGAGACUUAAGCGGCCGCGUAAUGGACUACGAGGAGGGGGCAGACUUAAUGAGAGAAGACGACGCGGACGGAGGCCCCUACAAGAGAUGGGCCCAUGUUCAAUACCACCCCGACGAUCUGAAAGGCAAGGGCGAGCCAUCAUACACCAUCGAAGAGGACCGCAAAAAGCAGAAGCGCAUGCAGAGACACUCCCUCAAACCAAACGGCGAUUACGAGAUGCAGCCAACGGCCAAUGCCACAGGCCGAAGCGACAAGAACGCCACCAACGUCACCAUCCAGCGCAGCGCCAGCCUCGGCUCUUCCGGCCCUUCUAGUCCGAGGGGGAAGCGCCUGAGCGACGGCAUCAAGCGACGAAUCGGCAGCCUCCGUCGCCGACACGACGAAGUUUAGUGAUUAAUCACAUCGCCUUGUAUGAAUAAGACAAAUGUUUAAGUAACGACGUCCGAAGGCACUUUACGCACGAAUCAGAGAAGAUGUAUAAAUGAAUGAGCAAGGAUGGCAUCUGUCGAAUUAAUUCUCUUAAUCACUCGCGUUCAGCACGGCGAAGCAUAGCAACAAGGCGGUUCAGCAAAUCUUGUCGGGUGUUUUUGGAAGGCCAAGCGAGCUUAUGAUAAGAUCGAUUGGGCAGAAUGAGUGUACGAACGAAUUGUAUCUGGAGGAUUUUUUCUCGUCGCGCUGCAUCAAUGUCGGAUGAAAGUUUCCCCCAGCAGCUGCGCUCCCAGAUAGCUCUUUACAAGAUUGCUCACAGACAGCAUGAACAUGAAAGGGGGCAACCAACCCUUAUGUAAUGACCAUUAAUUCUACCUGGCUCUGGAAAUUUCGAUAUUAUUCGAAC